UCGGUAUAACUCAAUAUGGCUGGUCCUGAGAUGCCAGGCCAUGUCCUAUUGGAGAAAAGCUAUCAUGUUAAAACAUUCUCCGUAGGAAUGUAAAUUAAGCCAACUGCAUCCGGGAUGUCUACAAAUAAUAUUUUUUGGUGAUUGGAAAAUACAUUAUACGCGUUUGAUGAAAUAACAUGCGCCUGAUGCACCAAUUGUGAGAUUUUAGUUCUUUUUGGAUGCGUUUUUCUGUUUGGACCGGUAUGUUUACUUUCCACGUUGUGGACUUUUCAGGGUUUUGUAAUUGUAGAGACUUUUCUCUCAUUUUGAUUUGUUUACUAGUUUAUGUACGUCUACAAAAUGCAUGCUGACAACGGGUGUAGCCAGGAGGUGAAAUAACAAAUCCUACUACGGCCAAGGCACAGCCAAUAAAUAAUAAAAAAGUCAUUCUGACGUUGCUUGUCAAUAUUCCUGGAUCGUAAUUAAUAUUCAUAAGCUAAGCGUUUAUCACCGUACAAUUCGUUAGUUGACGAACGCAGCUUCUGUCUAUCACCCAAUCACGGAGCUAUACGAGACGAACGUCACGCGACUUCAUGAAUAUUAAUCUACCAAGCGUCCUCUACAGAUUGUACAGAGUCACUGCAUGGGUGUUUGACGCGCUGCAGUGCGGACCAGUGCAAAGGAUGAUCUACCGGACAGUUGUUUAUUUAUCAAAAUGAAUUGGAUGUAUCUAACUUCUGGGUAGAAUCAUAUUGAUUUAUAUACUCUCUUAAUUCUCUGGUUUAAGAUGUUUGCACUAUGAUGCCAAUCUAGCGCGUUUAUACGGCGAAUUAGAGCACGUCACCUGCCAGAUUUGUGUAUUUGCUUUAACCUUGGACCUUUGUGUCAUCAACAUAUACUGCAUGGUUUUUAUAUUAAAGGCGUGAUGUUUACGAUUAGAUAACCAAGUGAGCUUCCAGUGGGUGUCUUGUGGUAGUCCACUGGCUCACAGGGCAUUAUCAGUGUAAUUAAGAAAUGUUUUAAGUUACAUAGCAAAGAUAAAUAUUAUAAUUUGCGGUUUUCUUAAUAGUGAAACCGCUAUUUAUUUUAGCACCUGUGGAUAGAAUUUUAGCUAGAUGGAGCAUCAGUAACAAAAUGCAAGAAUAAGGCGGUUUAUGAUUUUAAAAACGGUCCCAGCUGAUGGUUUGUGUCACUGUGAGGACCCAAAUGAAGAUUUCUAAACGACGGAAAGGACUGUAUUCACGUAGUCUGUGUGCCAGAUAAAUGGAUCGUUUAAGCUGGGGGCUGCCAGAGUGCUCUCAGGGUUGCAGUGCCUAGCGCCAGCUCUGCAGGACAACGCCAACAUGAACGGCACUGCAGAGCAGCAGGACAUUCUGCCCCCUAACUGCAUGGUCAAAGAUCGAUGGAAAGUGCUGAAGAAAAUAGGUGGAGGGGGGUUCGGGGAAAUCUAUGACGCGUUGGACCUGCUGACUCGGGAGAAUGUGGCGUUAAAAGUGGAGUCAGCUCAACAGCCCAAACAGGUCUUGAAGAUGGAGGUGGCAGUUCUGAAGAAACUGCAGGGUAAAAACCAUGUGUGUAAGUUCAUUGGCUGUGGGCGAAAUGAUAAGUUCAACUAUGUCGUCAUGCAGCUGCAGGGUAGAAACCUGGCAGAACUCAGGCGAAGUCAGCCACGUGGCACCUUUACCAUGAGCACAACCCUGCGCCUGGGAAAACAGAUUCUAGAAUCCAUAGAAGCCAUUCACUCUGUUGGCUUUCUUCACCGAGACAUCAAACCGUCAAAUUUUGCCAUGGGAAGGCUGCCUUCAACAUACAGGAAAUGCUAUAUGCUAGAUUUUGGGCUUGCACGACAAUAUACAAACACCAAUGGAGAAGUCAGACCGCCCAGAACUGUUGCAGGAUUUCGAGGGACUGUUAGAUAUGCAUCUGUGAAUGCACAUAAAAACAAAGAAAUGGGGCGUCAUGAUGACUUAUGGUCAUUGUUUUACAUGCUGGUUGAAUUUGCUGCUGGGCAGCUGCCGUGGAGGAAAAUCAAGGACAAGGAGCAGGUGGGUCAGAUCAAGGAGCGCUAUGAUCAUAGGAUGCUGCUUAAACACAUGCCAUCAGAGUUUAAUGUCUUCCUGGAGCAUAUUUUAGGCCUUGACUACUGCACCAAACCUGAUUAUCAGCUCCUGAUGUCAGUGUUUGAGAACAGCAUGAAAGAACGCAUCAUCACAGAGAACGAGCAAUAUGAUUGGGAGAAAAGUGGGACGGACUCGAUGAUAUCUGCCACCACACCGACAGCAGCUCAGCAGAACACACGGCCUACAGCGGCUAUGGCUGGGGUCAUAAAUGUGAACCCAAUGGCAGGUGACCUUCAGAGGGAAAACACAGAUGACGUUGUGCAGGAUGAGCACCUAAGUGACCAGGAAAACGCUCCUCCGAUUCCCUCUGGCCGUCCAGCUGAUGGCAGCCAGUUACCUACGGACGCAGAUGGAUGGGAGGAGACAGACAUUAAUCGAAACAAACUCAGGAUUAACCUUGGAAAGGGAGGUCAAGAGGAAGAUGGUAGCCGGGGUUUGUGUCCUGUGUCACCACAAAGGGGUUUGGACUCUUCGGGUGUGCAGAUGCACUCACUCAGGUACCGACGGGUCAACAGCCCUGAAUCUGACCGCAUAUCUGCUGCUGAUGGACGGGACGGUUAUGGACAACGCUCUCGAAUGGACAUCCUGGGUUCUCCUUCUCGGCACGUUUACUCCUCGCAGCCCGCUCAGAUGCUGUCUGUCGAAGGUUACCGCGGAGACCGCGGUCGUAAUGAGGCCUCUGCAUCGGUGGACCAGGAAGCCCACAGCAAUGCCUUCAUCCGCUCUGUCCCACUUGCAGAAGAAGAGGACUUUGACAGCAAAGAGUGGGUUAUCAUAGACAAAGAAAUGGAGCUCAGAGAUUUCCAACACCGCCCAGGGGCUGAGCCCACCACAUCCGGCACUACGGAUGAGGAACCAGAGGAAUUACGCCCUCUGGAGGAAGGAGAAGAGCGGCGGAGACAUAGAGGGACAGAUCCGUCAGUCAGACCCAAGACGUCACAUGGUGACAACACUACACGAGGCAUGCUGCCUCUUACAGAGGAGGAAGUGUCCAGGAGGAGCGGGAAAGGCCAGUCAACAUCAGUGGAGAGCCCUGUGCAGUCGCCCUGUCACUCGCUACCCUCUGGACGGCAGCGGCGGAGAGAGUCAGACCUCAACGGACCUCAGAGACAGGGUCCAACCCCAAGUGAGCCUUUAUUGUCACCCACUGACUACAGGACUAAAUCCCCAUCAUCAGAGAAGGAGAUAUUCCAUAUCCUUCCUAAACUGCAGGCAAAGAGAGCUGACUUCCUUACCGUCAUGCUUCCAGGAAGCCUUCACCAGCGACGUGCCUUCACAGCCACACCACCUGAGACACAAGCUGAGGGACCCAGAGAUGACGAUGUCACAAAGAGUGAAUCUAGUAGUGGGGCAAGUGAAAAGAGUACUGAACGUAGUCAAGAUGGGGCUCCAUCCACCUUAGUGGCUGACGAUCCACAAAAGGAGCCAAAAGAACCGGGUUCGGUGGCUGAUGUAGAUCCCGACCAAGAGGAUGUCUCAAAGACCCUUGUCUUGUUUUCACCAGGAGACACAAAGAAGUCUCCAAAUGCUCUAAAUGGGACUGAAGUGGAUCAGGGAGUGGCAGGACCUCAAAAUGAGCAGUUGGGUGAAGCUGAUCGACUGGUGCAGAUCCAGAAAGACAUAAAACAGGCAGAAAGCCCUACAGAUGGAAGGCAACCUGAUGCAAUUGGUGUUGACCCACCCAUACAGACAUCUAAAUCAGUGGUAACCAUCUCAACAACUCAAGUGGCUUCAGCCUCAAUUGCAUCGCCCCUUUUCUCCAAAGUGGAGCAAACUUUUGUACACAUUGCAGAGACAACCCAUCUGAAUGUCAUGUCUUCCAGUGGUGCACAGGUUCCUGAACGUUUAGAGGAGGUUGAAGGCAAAUCACAGGACAAGUCAGUCCUUUCUCAAGAGCCAGGAGAAUUGGCAUGUGUCCAGUAUGAAGUCACCUCUCAGACUCUUACACAGGGGCCUCAGGUACUCAAUGUUCAGGAUGGGUCUUUGCCAAUUGAGACCAGUGUAAAACAGGACGGUCUUGUGAUUCCUUUCCCCUUAGAAUCCAGGGAACCUAUCCAUCGAGAUUCAUCAACUGACUCCAAACAGGACAAGCAACUAAAAGAGGAACAUCAAGAGGAGAACACAGCACUUGAGAGUGUUUCUAAACAUCCACGGCCAAGCAGCAAGAGUCGAAUUCCUAUCCUAGCCCCAGAAGAGGAGCCUGGACCUGAACAAUCCCUGUCCAACAAAGAACGACUUCGUAGAAGAGCCAUGCAGAAAGACCUGGCAUGUCAAGUUGUUGAAAGACAACGUCAGGGCCGCUGGAUGAGACUGAAUUUCAAGACUUCGUCUUCGUUAUCUAGAGACGAGCCCAAGAGACAUUCAGAGACUCUUUCUACUACGGGCUCAGAGGAAGAUAUUCAUGAGUCUGAUGAUUCCAUCAACAAGCUCAAGAAGGAGGCUGAGGAAAAGUACCGAGCUGAGUGGAACAGCAGGAUCCCACGACCAGUCACACCAAUAAGGAAGCUUUCAACUAAACUAGUAGUUGCAGCUCCUGUUAUCCAACCUGAAGCUGGGACUCCAAAAUUAGAACAAAAGGCAAGCAAUGGCCAAAAAGUACAGUCACAAUCAGGAUCAAAUGCUCUAGCACUUCACACAAGAUCAAAAUCAACACUGUCCCACUUUUCCAUGUCAAGUGGAAGCAAUCGCAUGCCUCUAUCCUGUAUUCCGGCAUCUUCCCGGCGCAGCUUGACCACCACAAACUGCACUUUCUCUUUAACCCGUAUAGCUAGUCCUUCACCUCAUAGGCUACCCCUGCGAUCAGCAGUUAGCGAAUCCCGCAAGCAGCCAUUUGCCCUCCGAGCCACUGUGGAGCUCCCAAUGAAGUCUAGGACUACUACUUGCAGUGGUCCUGCAAAGGACAUCAAACCAUCACCAAACCAACCCACCACUGCAUUAGUCAGGGUUCGAACCAAAGCUUCUGCUCAUUCGAAGAACACAGUUCCCUUGAAAAGGGAAAAAAGCACAAGCAACAACACCCCUGCAGACAGAUAAGUCACUGUGACUGCUGUUUACUGGGAUUGUUUCUUCUCAAUUACUUGAACAUAUUGCCUCAAAAUAUACAUCUGCCCCAUUGACCAAAAUGAACCUUUUUAAUUAAUUUAAUAUUCUUCCUAAUCAGUUUAUGGCUAGUUCUAAUUUUGGAUUCUGCACCAAAUAAUUUUAUGUUGUACUAUAAGAUGUAGAAUUUUCACUUUGAUGGAAGUUUCUUGGAACAUAGUAGAGGAAAUGUCUCAUUUAGCUUACAUGGUGCUAUACUGUAUAUGUGUUGUUCUGUUGUGUAUAUUUCAUUUAAUAUAUGGUUUUGAUGGUGGACUUUAUUAUUAGUUAGAUGCCAAGUUGUCUUUUGCCCUUGACACACAAUGAUGAAAUUAUGUCAGUUUAUUUAUAACAUCUGAAACAAUCAUACAGUAUAUUACCGGUAUUUAGCCAGCACAAAUUAUUGUACACACAGAAUGUUGUAAAAUCUGCCACAUAUCCAUGGACAAAUGCACAAAUUUCCUCUGGCCUGCAGCUUAGCCCUCUUUGUAACCUUGUGAUGAUGGGCAUGCCUUGUCUUUAGCUUGUUACAAGUGUUUGAUGAUACUGCUUGUACAUAUUCUUUUCAGUAUUUCUUGCAGAGACCUCUUUAUUUUUAUCAGGCAAUGGUGAAAGAUUUGGAUUUUAAUUUUGUUAAAGGAAUAUAUUGUGGGUUCUACACCCAGUUGUCUCAUUUUCUAAGCAUGGCAGAAAUGACACCAUUAUUAAUAAUUGCCAAUACGGAUUAUUUCUAAAUGAACGAUUCCCAUCUCUUUUGCUCUUAUUACAAUGGUGAGAUGUUAAUCAAGAUUUUUGUUGGAAUAAGGAGCAUAAAAUGAUCAAGUCUUAA